AUGAAAUCGUUAUAUAACUGGGCAAACGAAUCGAAGUGCAGGCACGUCUUCGGAGUCUUCCUGGACAUCCCUGGGGCUUUUGACAACGUCAAAUGGUCCCCAAUCCUUGAGAGACUCCACGAAAUUGGUGCUUCAGUUAGAAGCAUAAGCAUUAUAAAAAGCUAUCUGGACAAUAGACACGCUAAAUUACAAAUAGAGCACACCGUCAAAGUUAAACAACUUACAAGAGGAUGUCCCCAAGGAUCACAGCUCGGACCGACCUUAUGGAAGGUAGCCAUGACGGACGUUGGGGCUCCCCCAGACCGAAACACGCAGCAUGUCAUCACGUAUGCGGAUGACAUAGCUAUAUUGACAGGUGCCGCAAGACCUCCAACGGCAUUUAAUCGGAUGAUGGAAUACUUAAAUGAGAUGAAAUCAUGGGCAUCGAAAUACUCCCUCGAAUUCUCGGCUGCAAAAACACAACUUAUGUCAAUAAAAGGCGGCCUGAAGCCAACAUACAAUAUCACUUUCGGCACGGACGACGGAGCAGCCGUUAUAGAGUCCUCCAGCACGGUCAAAUACCUGGGCAUCCUUUUAGACCCAAGGCAAGCAUACGUGGAGCACAUACUUGCCUUGGCACACAAGUCAAAAGACCUCUACCGCAGGCUUAGAGGUAUGGCAUCUGCAAACUGGGGCAUGAGUAGAAGAACAGCGAAAAUCAUAUAUGAGGGCGUCUUCUUGCCAAGAAUCACGUACGCAGCCGAAGUCUGGUGGGAGGGCGUCACGUAUGCUAAGUGCAGAAAAAAGCUAUGCUCGAUGCAAAGAGACCCGCUACGAGCGAUCACAAGCGCUUACAAUACGGCUUCGACGAAUUGUCUAACUGACGUAGCCGGUGAAUUACCGCUGGACUUGAGAAUUAUUGAGCAAGUGGAAAAAAGAAAGAUGAAGCUAGGCCUCAUCACGCCUGAAGCAUUUAAAGGGAAACUAGACGAGCUACUGGAACAGUGGCAGGUAAGGUAUGUGACGACGGACAAAGGUGAAUGGACCAAAAAGAUGAUUCCAUCAGUGGUCGAAAGGUACCACCUGCCAAUGGAAAUGGAUCACUACACCAGCCAAAUCCUCACAGGUCACGGGGACUUCCGUGGAAAACUGUACGGGUUCAAAUUAGUAAACUCACCCACAUGCGAAUGUGCCCUUGGGGGCUCGGAGACAGUCGCGCACGUCCUGUUAAAGUGCCGGCGCACGACCAGCCAGAGGGAAGAACUUAAACAAGCGCUGGAAAGGGAAGGCCAAGUAUGGCCACCUGAAGAUGGAGUGUUCCUCAAGACGAAAGCACUAUACGAGGCACUGAGGAAGUCUGCGAAAGACAGUCUAUACAACAGGUCAGACAGAUAA